AUUUGCAUCAAUCCAUAAGGUCAUUUUACAAGCUCACUCACUCACACUGUCACAUUUUCAGAUCAUAUUUUUUUUGCUUGCUUUUUUAGUCCUCAGCAGUGUAAAAUCACACAAAGAUUCUGCCCCGAAUUUCUGUCCUCCAAUGUCGUUAUUUCCACUUGCCAUUUUCAAUUGAACUCUUUUCGUCCAUUUUCAACUUCAAAUUAAAAAAAAAAAAAAAAACUCAAUUUCAAUGGCAUUUUCUUAAUACAAAAUUUGUAAUGGCGGCGCCUUCUCAUGGAUUAACGGCGCCAUUGAGUGGUAAGCUCAAAAAUGUCAAUUUUAGAAUUGGAUUUGUUGAAUUGGGGAAGAAGAAAAAAAGGGUUUUUGUGAAGUGUUGCAGUUCGGGUUUUAACGGGUCAGGAAUAUGUAUUGAGAAAUGUGAGAAUUGGAAAUUUGAUUCCAGGAAGAUUAAUCAUAGUUAUCGUGUCAAAGUUCAAGCUUCUUCUUCUACUAUGCCCUUUGCAUCUCCAAAAUCCAGAUUUGUUUCAAAGCAAGAACAGUUCUUCCCACGCUGCACCCCAAGAAAUUCAGGCCCUCAGUCCCAUGACGCUCCACCAAAACGAGACACUGGUAUUGCUAACGAGAAAGAGUGGGGCAUCGAUAUGUCAAACGAGAAUAUUAACGAAUCUGGGACUAAUGAAGAUGGCAGUACUUGGUAUCGAAAGAGUGGAGAAGACAUUGGUGAAAAUGGAUACCGGUGCCGAUGGACAAAGAUGGGUGGACAGAGCCAUGAUGGCGCCUCAGAAUGGAAAGAAAUGUGGUGGGAAAAAAGUGACUGGACUGGUUACAAAGAACUAGGUGUAGAAAAAUCUGGGAGAAAUGCGGAAGGAGAUUCAUGGCUGGAAACAUGGCAGGAAGUUAUUCACCAAGACGAGUGGAGCAAUCUAGCUAGGAUAGAGAGGAGUGCACAAAAACAAGCAAAAUCAGGUACAGAGAAUGCUGGGUGGUAUGAGAAUUGGUCAGAAAAGUAUGACGCAAAGGGUUGGACAGAGAAAGGGGCGCACAAGUAUGGUAGACUAAAUGAACAAUCAUGGUGGGAGAAAUGGGGAGAGCAAUAUGAUGGGAGAGGAUCUGUCCUUAAAUGGACGGAUAAGUGGGCAGAAAGUGAACUGGGAACAAAAUGGGGAGACAAAUGGGAGGAGAGAUUUUUUGGUGGCAUUGGUUCACGGCAAGGGGAGACUUGGCAUGCAUCACCUAGCAGCGAAAGGUGGUCAAGGACGUGGGGAGAGGAGCACUUUGGAAAUGGCAAGGUGCACAAAUAUGGCAAGAGCACUACAGGUGAAAGCUGGGACAUGGUUGUGGAUGAAAAAACGUACUACGAGGCUGAGCCUCACUACGGGUGGGCAGACGUGGUAGGUGAUUCAAGCCAGUUGUUUUCUAUACAACCUCGAGAACUACCUCCUGGUGUAUAUCCAAAUAUUGAUUUUGGGUCAUCUAUGCCUCCAGACGAUGAGCCCCCUCCAAAUAGGUGAUUUCUUCUCAUCUACCUAAGUUUUAGCGGGCAGAGUAUUGGUAGGAAAUAGUAGGUACCGGUGGUAUAGUCGAGAUGCGGGCAAGUUGGUAUGAACAAGGCAUCGUCUCAUUGAUCAAGUUCGAUUCUCAAAAGAGCUAGUUACAUUUUGUCAGAAAUUAUUUGUAAUCUUUUGCUACUCGUCAUUUAUUUCAUUCUUUCAGCAUUGUGGUAUUUGCGUUUGGUUGGAUUCUAAUGGAAGAGGGAAUUCACCUAUUUUACAUGUCUUGGUUGAAAACAACCUUCUGAGCCUGUUUGGUUUAAUAAUCUUCUGGUUUUAACCAAAAACUAAUGUCAUUCGUGUGUAAUAGGCGAGUUCAAUAGGAUAUUGUUGGUAAUGUUUAUUUUUCUAGUGUACAUAUUGAAUAAUUGAAAUGCAUUUUAUUUCAAAACAAUAAAAUCAGAUGUAUAAGAUAUGGCACUACA